CUCUCUCUCUCUCUCUCUCUCUCUCUCUCUCUCUCUCUCUCCAUGGAUUAUGGGAGGAUCCGCAAAAUUCAGUUGGGAGUGAUUUCCCCUACUAAACUGAAGAUGAAACUAUUGGGUUCUCAAAGUAGCAGAAAAGGGGAAGUGGGGAACAACUCAUCCAGAGCAUCCCCUUCUAAGCUCGACGACAUGGAGCACUCGAGAAGAAGCUUAUUGGCCGGAGAUCUUGUUGAAGAAGAUGUCAUGAAAGAGCCUAAAGAUGGUCUCACCCUCGGCACGAAUACAAAUUCAGAAACUUCUGAAUUGGAGUCUAAAAUGGAUAGCAGUGGAGUUCAGAACAAUCGAGCAGGUGUUUCCGGUCAUUUUAAGCUGACUGACAGCUUAAACACAGCAGAAUCUAUUAUGCCUUCGGAAGAAGAUUGUAAUGGCAAUGAAAGUGGGCAAGACAAUGUUUCAACUAAUAGUUUUGAGUUCCAAAGAGGAGAGAGAACAGUGCAACAUCCGGUAAUUGGUCCGUUUAUUAGGAAUGCGCCUUCGAAGUGGAACGACGCAGAAAAAUGGAUAGUAAAUCGGAAUCUUAUGCAUUCGAAUCCAGAUGCCUUGAAGAAGACCAUUCCACAAGGCCCGAAAUCUCGACAAGCGAUCAUUUCCAACUGUGUUAGGGUCGCUCCGGAGGCUCUCAAUAAUGCAGAGCAAAAGCAUCAGCUUCUUCAAGUUGCAGAUACAAAAAGUAGUUCCGGUGCGAAGUUUUCCUUUGAUCCUAAUUGUGUGCGCGCCAGCUCAGAAUCGGCGAAUGCGAGAAGUGUGUUGACUGAUUUAUCUCCUGUAACUGGAGAUUCGGGAAGUGUAACUAGACCUCAGAAUGGGCUUAAUCACAAGAACAAGAAGAUUUCUAUGCCUGGAGUUUCUGCUAGCGCACCAAAAGUUACUUCUGUCGAGUCGGUCUUAAUGAAGGACGCCGGAACCGAGAUGACUCCCAUUGGAAGCCAAGAAACAUCGAGAAUUGGUACUCCGAUUGGGGCUAUAACGCCCGUUCUAAGCCCACUCUGUUCGAUGCCUUCGACUCCCAAAUGCGGGAUAUCGGAGUUGUCUGACAAUGAACUUCAGCUGAGAACGAGAAGAGAAAUCGCUGCUCUCGGCCUGCAGCUAGGCAAAAUGAACAUUGCCUCUUGGGCCAGUAAAGACAAUCCGGAAAUUUCCUUUCAGCCUAAUGAGACUGCUGAUGCAGAACAAAAUGCAAGGAGGGAAAAUGAAGCCCGUGCCGCGGAAUGGGAGGAGUCUCAACGAUCUAAAUGUGUCGCGAGAUAUAAGCACGAGGAGUUCAAAAUACAAGAAUGGGAGAGUCGGCAAAAAGCGAAAUUUGAGGCCGAAAUGAUGAGGGUUGAGGCUCAGGCCGAACAAAUGAAAGCCCGUGCGCAGCAGAAGAUGGCAGAAAAGCUUGCAGUUACGCGUCGUAAAGCGGAAAGGAAACAAGCCAUAGCCGAGGCCAGGAGAAGCCGUCGCGCAGCGAGAACAGCAACGCAGGUGGCGUGGAUUCGGCAGACCGGUCGCGUGCCCUCGCCGCAUUUCCUCGGCUGCUGUAGUUGGUUUCUCUGAUGCAACAACAAAUUUAACUUGUGCUUUUGUAAGGGAUCCUGUGGGUAAAAGGAGUGGUGUUUUUAGUGUGAGGCACCCCCUGUUUAGAACAUGGCAAUGAGAUUAAAGAACUUGAAUUGUACAUUAGCUUUCAUU